AUGCUGCGAUACGGCAUCAUCCAGAAGGAGCCGCUGUGGAUCGUGUUUGAGCGCGACAUGGUGUUCGACAAGCUCAAGGCGGAGAUGAUGAUCGCCAGCGACAAGACCAUCGACGCGCGCGGCCGCGCCGUCGUCAUUCAGAACGGCCCGUGCGCGCGCAUAGAGCGAUCUAGCAACGUCAUUAUUGAGUCCGUCGUCUUCCGAAACUGCACCAUGCGCAGCGGCACGAUCAAGGUGCGGUCGGGGAAGGGCGUGGAGGUGAAGGACUGGCGCGACGGCAACGCGGUGGAGGUGUGGGGACCACUGCGGUUUCACGUGGUGAACAACUACUAUCCGUACGGCUGGGGCAUCUACGCCAUCGGCGGCUCCGCUGGCGCGCGCUUCCGCAGCGAGGCGAAUUACUUCGUCGCGGGGGAUAUUAAGGAGGUGACGAAGCGGCAGGACACGCACGGGUGGGAGGCGAAGCAGAUCAGCGACAAGACGUGGACUAAGAUCAAGGUGUCGAGCGCGGGGUGGCAGAACUGGCCGUGGCAGUCCAUCGGCGACCACUUCGAGAACGGCGCUUUCUUUACCGAGUCGGGCAAGAAUGUCUUCACGCCGCCCUACGAAUUUAAUCCCGUCCCCGCUAUGGAAGUCCCCGUCGCUACCAACAGGGCCGGGCCGCUGUUCCGGCGGUAUCAGAAGCAGGUGUGA